AUGGCGCCCUUUCUCCUCCAAGCCAUUAUGCAAGAGGGCGGUAACAAAAGCGAUCAACUUGACCAAAUGUCGACGUCCCUGACCUCCAUGUCGCUGGACCCUCCGACCACCUCACCAGACCAGAACAUGGAGUAUGUCACGAGCGACGAUGAAGAUGGCGCCUACAUCCCUCCUCGCGAAAGCAGCAGCAGGGAACCAUCCCCAGACCUAUCAGAGGAGUUCAGAGUCGACAGCUCGGAGCCUUCUACCAUCUUCAAUGACAUGGGCAAAAUUGACCGAGCCAAUAUUGUAGAGGGAAAACGGAAGCCAAAGUCACACGAAGAUGGUUUGGUUGAGGGACUGGGAGGAGUUAGAAUUGACAUGGAGGUUGAUGAGAAGAAGGAGAAACAAGCCUUGGAGCUUGCCGCCUAUAAUCGUUGGGCACAUCGUGAUGGACGGUAUCUGCACAUGAAACCAAUUCAGCGACAGAAGUUUGAGGAUCAUCUGGUUGCAUUGGAGAAGGAUCCUAUGUCAUUAACUGGAACCCAGCGAAGAUGGAUGGAGCACCACAAAUUAUUAGAAUUGAGUUCAAUCAGGAGAAGAGAGAGGGAGAGAUUUCUACCGACAUCCUUGAUUACGGACAGCAAGAAUGACAGGAGCAAUGCUGGUAUCAAGAAAAACCGAUGCCGAAUCACAAAGCGUGACCGCAUGCGGUUGACUCAAGAGGCUUCGAACAGGAAGAAGGAAGCCAAUGGGGGCGACGAGGAUAUGGCUAAUGAUUCGCCGAUCGUCCCCGUCCCCGUCUCAGCUAUGGAUACGAAUGACGCUUGA